AUGGACCCAGUCUAUGACCCUUCCAACAUGACUGCCGAUCUUCACAACGACGCGCUUCUAGAAGGAAUUUCUCCAGCUGCUUUGUUUUUGGGAUCACCUCAACCUAAUGUCUGGGGAAUCAUGGAAGAUACUCUCAUGUUUGAUGAAUUUGCCUAUGACUCGCAAAACCCCUUCACUCAAGAUUAUAAUUUACCAUCUCCGUUCCCCUCUGGACGUCCAACAAACCUCGAUACACCACUCUACGUAUCCCCAGAGUCUUUGAGGAUGUCAAAAGAUUUCGGCGCCUCUCAAGAAGAUGAGAAUUAUCUUCAGUGGGAUUCAGCCGUCACAGGGAAGGUUUACGAAGAGGAUGAUGAAAUGACCUGGAUGAUUGGACAAGCCUCAUUCAAUAGAGAAGAGGAGAUGUAUUACGGUUCUGAUUCUUCUGAACGAACUCAUACUCCGGAACAUGUUCCGGUAUCAUUUGAAGCACAAGCAGAUCAAGCUCAAACAAUACCGACGAUUCUUGUAGAAGAAGAUGAAGAAACUCCUCCACCCGUUUCCCGCACUUCGUGGGAGGGCGGGACAGUUGUGGGUAUUGCUGAAAGAGUUAAACGGUAUCGAGAAAACAGUUUGACAGCAACGAGAGAACAAGCUUAUGAAGAUGACUUGUCGGAUUGCAGCUUUGUAUACGAGUCAACAUCCUCUGAGGAUCCCUAUCUUCAAGUAACUAAAUCUCCUAAAAGUCAAACCAAGCGUGCUACCAAAAGUAGUGCUCAAACUUCCAACUCAAGCACAAAAGAUACACACAUUAAGAAACCUUCGCGUGGGCGACAGAAAAGUACAGAGGGUUCUGUCAAGAAAAGAAUCCGAAUGUCUGUCACAAAUCCGAAAGAAUGGACCACUGUGCAUAGUAGUAUGCGACAAAGCAAAUCUGUCAAACGUAAUGGUCAUCCAGAGUUAGCUCCUUUGUUUUGUCUCAUAGAUGAUCAACCUGCUCCUCAUUUGGACAGUUUCUACGCACUUUCGCGUUCUAUGGGUGAUCACUUACGAAAUUGGGUCACAGACAAUGUGGAAGUCAACGUGGAUAGAAGGCGAUUGACGAGGGAAUGUUUAACUUCAACCGUGAUGGCAAAAUGGUAUACUCAAGAACUUAAUCUGGCAUAUUCAGAGGAUCCUCAGAGUCUAGGCACAAUGAGUGGGAAGCCAAUUGACGAGGUGUUGGAAGAAUUGGAGGGGAAAGGUAGAUUUACCUGGGACUCGUUAGAGAGCCAACUUGUCAGUGCGGCAAGCAACGGUGGGACGUAUGCCGGCUUUGAGGUCAGCUUAAAGCCAGGAAAAAGCUAG